AUGAGCGAGAGCAACAACAACAGGCGGGGGGAUGAAGGUGGGGAUGAGGUCGGGGAGGCACGGGUGGCGCUGAGCGGCCGCACCGGCGCCAUCGUCAUGAGAAGCGUCUCGAUAUUCCUGGCGAGCGGGCGCAAGGCUUCCUCGACGACUGGCUCGCGCAGGCAGAGGUCCGGGUCCUCGGGUAGCGCGGCCCUCGGGCAGUCCUCGGGCAGGAGCAGGUGCAGGAGGAUGCCGGUCGGCGAGAGCGCGGCGGUAAGGAGCGCGGCCCACCACGCCAAGCUCGCCGAGGCGCUCAGGAAGAAGACCAAGUUUUCCAAGCAAGAAUUGGAGGCUCUGUGUAAAAUAUAUGCCAAGCUGACAUCGGGCUCCUCGACUACGUGCAACGGGACGGCUGCGGCCGUGCAAAAGAUCGAAGGCAUCGACAGAACCAUAUUUCGAGAACUGCUUCACAACACGUUCGACGUGUUGACGGAGGACGCGUUGGUCGAGCGCAUGUUCUCGUGCUGGGACAAGCACAGCGAGGGUGCCAUCAGACUGGAGUCGUGGAUCACGGGCUUGGACGUCUUCUUGCGCGGGACCCUGCACGAAAAGAUGGAGUUCUGCUUCAGUGUCUACGAUCUAAACAACGACGGCUUUAUCACCAAGGACGAGAUCUUCCAGCUGUUCAAAAACAGCUUGAUGAAGCAGCCAGGCGAAGAAGACCCGGAGGAAGGGGUGCGAGACUUGUCGGAAAUGGCGCUGAAGAAGCUCGACGUCGACCACGACGGCAGGGUGUCGUUCUUCGAUUACGAAGCGACUGUUAGCGAGGAGCCUCUGCUGCUCGAGGCUUUCGGACAAGUUUUGCCGACUCCGGAGUCAGCCACGGCUUUUUUGAUGACGCUUUGUUGA